GUGUCACGCGAUGAUUCGCCGAAUGGAUUGGGAAUACCAUCACUAUGUCUUCUUGCUAGAUACUUCAAGUACCAAUGUCUCUUUCGCCGCAACACCCUCUUCUACGACUGCUCUCCAUUUACGCACCCAGCCAAGAUGGCUACAACUUCGACCGAGGGCCUCUAUGGCUUCCUGGAAGCCAUGGGCGUUGAAGAUCCCAGCUUUGUGUCGGCGACGAAGGAACUCUAUACCAAUCCACAGGCCAUCUACUUCUCACAUCUCGCAGAACUCAUCGUGCAACUCACGGAUUGUGAAAAGGAUAUUGCCUAUAAGUCAAUUGUAUGGGCGAAUGACAUGACCCAUCUGGUGGUCGUGGCGCCUCGUCUUCGACUCAAGGGCGUCGAUUCCGAAGACCUCGCUGCUGACUUGCAGCAAAGAUUCCCAAAGUCGCCCCUCUUUGGACACCCCGUCAACGAUGGGAUUAACCUCCUGUUCUACUUUUCGAACACCCACCUUGCGCGUUUGCUUCUUUCCUAUGUCAUUGACCGCGGAUCUUCGUAUGGCAACAGCCCAUUGGCCGAAGCUCCUGUCGAGGACGGGGCAGAGGCACAGGGCCACAAGGUCAUUGUUGAAUUCUCAUCGCCAAAUCUUGGAAAAGCAUUUACUGGCCUACACUUGAGAAGUACGAUCAUUGGAGCGUUCAUUGCCUCUAUCUACGAGAGGCUGGGGUGGGAUGUGACCAGAAUGACGUUCCUUGGUGAUUGGGGCAAACAUGUUGGACUUCUGGCAGCAGGCUGGUCACGGUUCGGGUCUGACGAACAGUUCGACGCUGAUCCCCUGCGACAUCUACUUGACGUGUAUAACCAGAUUGAGGAACUAUUCAAAAAAGAGCAGGAAACUGCUAAGCAUGUUCCUGAGGGGCAAGACGCCACUGAAGUGAGCCACGAGAUCGAAGCAGAGAGAGACGACUUCUUCAAGAAGCUCGAAGACGGCGAUGAGGAAGCUCUUAACUUGUGGAGAAGGUUCCGCGAAGUCUGCAUUGCGCGGUACACCGAACUCUAUGCACGCCUCGGCAUUAGGUUCGACGAUUACUCGGGUGAGUCGGAUGUCUCUCACGAGACUAUUGAAGAGGUCGAAAACGCAUUGAAAGAGAAGGGCGUCUACAGAGAGAGCGAUGGUGCCUGGGUGAUUGAUAUCAACAAGAACGACGAAAAACACGGCGCAGCCAUCGCGCGGUUCCGUAAUGGGACGACAACAUACCUGCUAAGGGACGUUGCCGCGGUCCUGGAGCGCAGCAAGAAGUAUUCCUUCGACAAGAUGAUUUAUGUCGUCUCGGUGCGGCAGACUACACACUUUCAACAAGUCUUCAAGGUCCUUGACUUGAUGGGCCGGUCGGAUCUGGCGCAGCGACUUGACCACAUCGGCUUUGGCGACGUACAUGGUCUGUCUCCGAAGGAAGGAACAAGCGGCCUUCUCUUAGGUGACAUCCUGGACCAAUGUGCCGACGCUACCAAGCUUGCGCUGGACACGGAUGAAGAGACAGCCCAGCUUUUUGCAGAGCAAGACCCGGCGAAAGUAUAUGACGGUCUGGGUGCCAUCAAUCUCAUGGUUGAUGACUUAUCAAGCAGACGAGGUGGGACUUUCAACUUUGACCUCAACAAGCUGGCAAACCCAGGUGACUAUACUGGCCUGAACCUCCAAAAGUGGUACACGAAGCUCGGCUCGAAACUCAGCGGCGUCGAAAUCGAUCGUGGAGAACUAGAAAACACAGAUUACAGCAUGUUCGAAGGCGAAGACAACUCUUAUGCCGACAUCCUCAGGCUUCUCGUCCAGUUUCCAGGAAUCAUGAAGACCUCCUUUGAGAGGUUGGAAUCGUCUCAGAUUCUGACAUUCCUGUUCAACAUCAUCGACUUCUUGCCCAAUGUCUGGGAAGACGAGGCUGAGGCCGAAGGCUCCACUCGAAACCUUGCCAAGUUGGCUUUCUACAAAUGCUUCCAGAUCGUGUUGGAAAACGGGAUGAGAACUUUGGGAUUGGUGCCUCUGACGGCUUGAUGCCCAAGAGCAAUUUCCAGUUGCUGGUCAUGGGCCAGAACCAGAGCUAUGCAGGCUUACGCGGACUCUCUGAAGGAUUCUUCGACCAUGUUUGAUAUGACUCUGUACGACCGCGCUGGUUGACUGUAAGCUAGGUUGGCUGUUGGGCAUUCUGUCAGUUCGCUACUCGAAUGAUUCGGAUCAGUUUUCGGCUACAUGGCUACAGUAACUUUUGCUAUAUUAGCGAGUAUCCACCGCUUCGACCG